AUGGUCCGGAAGCGCCACCGCGGACUCCGGAACGUGUUCCUCGUCCUGAUCCUAUAUUGCCACUUAUGGGCUCCAGUGAAUUCACAAAGCACAGAAUCAAGCCAGGAAAGUGUUACUACGGUCAAGGAUGUGUCGACUGAGGCGGAAACCACUUUUCCAACAACUAGUGCGAGAACAAGUUCAGAGACAACCACCUUGACGCUUACUCCAUCUACCAAAGAAUCCACAUCUGCUUCAAAGACAACCACGUUGUCAAAGGAUACGUCUACUGGGAAAUCCACGUCUACUCCAGAGACAACCGCCUCUUCCCAAACUACUCCAGAGACCACCACCUUGACCCCAACUACAUCUUCCGAAGAAUCUACCACUGCUCCAGAGACAACCACCUUGUCUGAUUCUACCACUGCUCCAGAUACAACCACCUUGUCUGAAUCUACCAAUGGUCCAGAGACCACCACCUUGUCUGAAUCUACCACUGCUCCAGAGACCACCACCUUGUCUGAAUCUACCAAUGGUCCAGAGACCACCACCUUGUCUGAAUCUACCACUGCUCCAGAGACAACCACCUUGUCUGAUUCUACCACUGCUCCAGAGACCACCACCUUGUCUGAAUCUACCACUGCUCCAGAGACCACCACCUUGUCUGAAUCUACCACUGCUCCAGAGACAACCACCUUGUCUGAAUCUACCACUGGUCCAGAGACCACCACCUUGUCUGAUUCUACCACUGGUCCAGAGACAACCACCUUGUCUGAAUCUACCACUGCUCCAGAGACCACCACCUUGUCUGAAUCUACCACUGCUCCAGAGACCACCACCUUGUCUGAAUCUACCACUGCUCCAGAAACCACCACCUUGUCUGAUUCUACCACUGGUCCAGAGACAACCACCUUGUCUGAAUCUACCACUGCUCCAGAGACCACCACCUUGUCUGAAUCUACCACUGCUCCAGAGACCACCACCUUGUCUGAAUCUACCACUGCUCCAGAAACCACCACCUUGUCUGAUUCUACCACUGGUCCAGAAACCACCACCUUGUCUGAAUCUACCACUGCUCCAGAGACAACCACCUUGUCCGAAUCUACCACUGCUCCAGAGACCACCACCUUGUCUGAAUCUACCACUGCUCCAGAGACAACCACCUUGUCUGAAUCUACCACUGCUCCAGAGACCACCACCUUGUCUGAAUCUACCACUGCUCCAGAGACCACCACCUUGUCUGAAUCUACCACUGCUCCAGAGACCACCACCUUGUCUGAAUCUACCACUGCUCCAGAGACCACCACCUUGUCUGAAUCUACCACUGCUCCAGAAACCACCACCUUGUCUGAUUCUACCACUGGUCCAGAGACAACCACCUUGUCUGAAUCUACCACUGCUCCAGAGACCACCACCUUGUCUGAAUCUACCACUGCUCCAGAGACCACCACCUUGUCUGAAUCUACCACUGCUCCAGAAACCACCACCUUGUCUGAUUCUACCACUGAGACAACCACCUUAUCUGAAUCUACUACUGCUCCAGAGACAACCACCUUGUCUGAAUCUACUACUGGUCCAGAGACCACCACCUUGCCUGAAUCUACCACUGCUCCAGAGACCACCACCUUGUCUGAAUCUACCACUGCUCUAGAGACAACCACCUUGUCUGAAUCUACUACUGCUCCAGAGACAACCACCUUGUCUGAAUCUACUACUGGUCCAGAGACCACCACCUUGUCUGAAUCUACCACUGCUCCAGAGACCACCACGUUGUCUGAAUCUACCACUGCUCUAGAGACAACCACCUUAUCUGAAUCUACCACUGCUCCAGAUACAACCACCUUGUCUGAAUCUACUACUGCUCCAGAGACCACCACCUUGUCUGAAUCUACCACUGCUCUAGAGACAACCACCUUGUCUGAAUCUACCACUGCUCCAGAGACCACCACCUUGUCUGAAUCUACCACUGCUCUAGAGACAACCACCUUGUCUGAAUCUACCACUGCUCCAGAGACCACCACCUUGUCUGAAUCUACCACUGCUCUAGAGACAACCACCUUGUCUGAAUCUACCACUGCUCCAGAGACCACCACCUUGUCUGAAUCUACCACUGCUCUAGAGACAACCACCUUGUCUGAAUCUACCACUGCUCCAGAGACCACCACCUUGUCUGAAUCUACCACUGCUCUAGAGACAACCACCUUGUCUGAAUCUACCACUGCACCAGAGACAACCACCUUGUCUGAAUCUACCACUGCUCUAGAGACAACCACCUUAUCUGAAUCUACCACUGCUCCAGAUACAACCACCUUGUCUGAAUCUACUACUGCUCCAGAGACCACCACCUUGUCUGAAUCUACCACUGCUCUAGAGACAACCACCUUGUCUGAAUCUACCACUGCUCCAGAGACCACCACCUUGUCUGAAUCUACCACUGCUCUAGAGACAACCACCUUGUCUGAAUCUACCACUGCACCAGAGACAACCACCUUGUCUGAAUCUACCACUGCUCCAGAGACAACCACCUUGUCUGAAUCUACCACUGCACCAGAGACAACCACCUUGUCUGAAUCUACCACUGCACCAGAGAAAACCACCUUGUCUGAAUCUACCACUGCACCAGAGACCACCACCUUGUCUGAAUCUACCACUGCACCAGAGACCACCACCUUGUCUGAAUCUACCACUGCUCCAGAGACAACCACCUUGUCUGAAUCUACCACUGCUCCAGAGACAACCACCUUGUCUGAAUCUACCACUGCUCCAGAGACAACCACCUUGUCUGAAUCUACCACUGCACCAGAGACCACCACCUUAUCUGAAUCUACCACUGCUCCAGAGACAACCACCUUGUCUGAAUCUACCACUGCACCAGAGACCACCACCUUGUCUGAAUCUACCACUGCUCCAGAGACAACCACCUUGUCUGAAUCUACCACUGCUCCAGAGACAACCACCUUGUCUGAAUCUACCACUGCUCCAGAGACAACCACCUUGUCUGAAUCUACCACUGCUCCAGAGACAACCACCUUGUCUGAAUCUACUACUGCUCCAGAGACAACCACCUUGUCUGAAUCUACCACUGCUCCAGAGACCACCACCUUGUCUGAAUCUACCACUGCUCCAGAGACCACCACCUUGUCUGAAUCUACCACUGCUCCAGAGACAACCACCUUGUCUGAAUCUACCACUGCUCCAGAGACAACCACCUUGUCUGAAUCUACCACUGCACCAGAGACCACCACCUUAUCUGAAUCUACCACUGCUCCAGAGACAACCACCUUGUCUGAAUCUACCACUGCACCAGAGACCACCACCUUGUCUGAAUCUACCACUGCUCCAGAGACAACCACCUUGUCUGAAUCUACCACUGCUCCAGAGACAACCACCUUGUCUGAAACCACCUUAUCUGAAUCUACCACUGCUCCAGAGACAACCACCUUGUCUGAAUCUACUACUGCUCCAGAGACAACCACCUUGUCUGAAUCUACCACUGCACCAGAGACCACCACCUUGUCUGAAUCUACCACUGCACCAGAGACAACCACCUUGUCUGAAUCUACCACUGCUCCAGAGACCACCACCUUGUCUGAAUCUACCACUGCUCCAGAGACAACCACCUUGUCUGAAUCUACCACUUCUCCAGAGACAACCACCUUGUCUGAAUCUACCACUGCUCCAGAGACCACCACCUUGUCUGAAUCUACCACUGCUCCAGAGACAACCACCUUGUCUGAAUCUACCACUUCUCCAGAGACAACCACCUUGUCUGAAUCUACCACUGCUCCAGAGACCACCACCUUGUCUGAAUCUACCACUGCUCCAGAGACCACCACCUUGUCUGAAUCUACCACUGCUCCAGAGACAACCACCUUGUCUGAAUCUACCACUGCUCCAGAGACAACCACCUUGUCUGAAUCUACCACUGCUCCAGAGACAACCACCUUGUCUGAAUCUACCACUGCUCCAGAGACAACCACCUUGUCUGAAUCUACCACUGCACCAGAGACCACCACCUUAUCUGAAUCUACCACUGCUCCAGAGACAACCACCUUGUCUGAAUCUACUACUGCUCCAGAGACAACCACCUUGUCUGAAUCUACCACUGCUCCAGAGACAACCACCUUGUCUGAAUCUACCACUGCACCAGAGACAACCACCUUGUCUGAAUCUACCACUUCUCCAGAUACAACCACCUUGUCUGAAUCUACCACUGCUCCAGAGACCACCACCUUGUCUGAAUCUACCACUGCUCCAGAGACAACCACCUUGUCUGAAUCUACCACUUCUCCAGAGACAACCACCUUGUCUGAAUCUACCACUGCUCCAGAGACCACCACCUUGUCUGAAUCUACCACUGCUCCAGAGACAACCACCUUGUCUGAAUCUACCACUGCUCCAGAGACCACCACCUUGUCUGAAUCUACCACUGCUCCAGAGACCACCACCUUGUCUGAAUCUACCACUGCUCCAGAGACAACCACCUUGUCUGAAUCUACCACUUCUCCAGAGACAACCACCUUGUCUGAAUCUACCACUGCUCCAGAGACAACCACCUUGUCUGAAUCUACCACUGCUCCAGAGACAACCACCUUGUCUGAAUCUACCACUUCUCCAGAGACAACCACCUUGUCUGAAUCUACCACUGCUCCAGAGACCACCACCUUGUCUGAAUCUACCACUGCUCCAGAGACCACCACCUUGUCUGAAUCUACCACUGCUCCAGAGACAACCACCUUGUCUGAAUCUACCACUGCUCCAGAGACAACCACCUUGUCUGAAUCUACCACUGCUCCAGAGACAACCACCUUGUCUGAAUCUACCACUGCUCCAGAGACAACCACCUUGUCUGAAUCUACCACUGCACCAGAGACCACCACCUUAUCUGAAUCUACCACUGCUCCAGAGACAACCACCUUGUCUGAAUCUACCACUGCUCCAGAGACCACCACCUUGUCUGAAUCUACCACUGCUCCAGAGACAACCACCUUGUCUGAAUCUACCACUGCUCCAGAGACCACCACCUUGUCUGAAUCUACCACUGCUCCAGAGACCACCACCUUGUCUGAAUCUACCACUGCUCCAGAGACAACCACCUUGUCUGAAUCUACCACUUCUCCAGAGACAACCACCUUGUCUGAAUCUACCACUGCUCCAGAGACCACCACCUUGUCUGAAUCUACCACUGCUCCAGAGACCACCACCUUGUCUGAAUCUACCACUGCUCCAGAGACAACCACCUUGUCUGAAUCUACCACUGCUCCAGAGACAACCACCUUGUCUGAAUCUACCACUCUCCACGUCGUCCGAAAAAGAGAAUGCAACAUCUCCCUCGUACUCUACGUCCACGGAGGCAAGAUCAGCGACAACACAGAGCUCUGCGUCUCCAACUACUACUACGGGUGCAAUAUCAGCAACCACUUUGCUUUCUGUAUCACCACCAGAUGUUUCAACUCUUUCUACUCUGACCACAGCUCAAACUGGGACUUCUGUGUCUCCAGUAACCGGUUCUACUUUGUCCAAAGAAGCAGUAUCAGCCACAACUAUAAGCUAUGUGUCUACACCAGAUGUUACAACUUUGUCCACAGAGGCGAUAUCCAUGACAACUGGGACCUCUGUGUCUCCGCCGGAUGUUACAACUGCUUCUACUUUGUCCACAGAAGCAAUGUCAUCCACAAGCAGGAGCUCCAUAUCUUCACCAGAAGUUACAACUGGUUCUACUUUGUCUACAGAGGCAAUAUCAGCCACAAGCGGGAGCUCCAUAUCUUCACCAGAAGUUACAACUGGUUCUACUCUGUCCACGGAGGCAAUGUCAUCCACAAGCGGGAGCUCCAUGUCUCCACCAGAUGUUACAACUGGUUUUACUCUGUCAACGGAGGCAAUAUCAGCCACAAGCGGGAGCUCCAUAUCUUCACCAGAAGUUACAACUGGUUCUACUUUGUCCACGGAGGCAAUAUCAGCUACAAGCGGGAGCUCUGUGUCUCCACCAGAUGUUACAACAGGUACUACUUUGUCCACAGAGGCAAUAUCCAUGACAACUGGGACCUCUGUGUCUCCUCCAGAUGUUACAACUGGUUCUACUCUGUCCACAGAGGCAAUGUCAUCCACAAGCGGGAGCUCUGUGUCUUCACCAGAAGUUACAACUGGUUCUACUUUGUCCACAGAAGCAAUGUCAGCCACAAGCGGGAGCUCAAUGUCUUCACCAGAAGUUACAACUGGUUCUACUUUGUCCACAGAGGCAAUAUCCAUUACGACUGGGACCUCUGUGUCUCCACCAGAUGUUACAACUGGUUCUACUUUGUCCACAGAGGCAAUAUCAGCCACAAGCGGGAGCUCUGUGUCUUCGCAAGAAGUUACAACUGGUUCUACUUUGUCUACAGAGGCAAUGUCAUCCACAAGCGGGAGCUCCGUGUCUUCACCAGAAGUUACAACUGGUUCUACUUUGUCCACAGAAGCAAUGUCAGACACAAGCGGGAGCUCAAUGUCUUCACCAGAAGUUACAACUGGUUCUACUUUGUCCACAGAGGCAAUAUCCAUGACGACUGGGACCUCUGUGUCUCCACCAGAUGUUACAACUGGUUCUACUUUGUCCACGGAGGCAAUAUCAGCCACAAGCGGGAGCUCUGUGUCUUCACAAGAAGUUACAACUGGUUCUACUUUCUCGACAGAGGCUAUUUCUGUGAAAACAGGGAGCUCUGUGUCUCCACCAGACGUUACAACAGGUACUACUUUGUCCACAGAAUCAAUGUCACCUGCAACUGGGAGCUCCGUGUCUGCACCAGAUGUUACAACUGGUUCCACUUUCUCGACAGAGGCUAUUUCUGUGACAACUGGGACCUCUGUGUCUCCACCAGAUGUUACAACUGGUUCUACUUUGUCUACAGAGGCAAUAUCAGCUACUACUGGGAUAUACGUAUCUUCACCUGA